AUGGGGAAACAACUAUUUCUUAUUCUCAACUUUGUUCUCUUGUGGUGGUGGAGCUCAAUCACAAUCUCCGGAUCAUACUCGCAAAACCAAACAGAUCGGCUUGCAUUAGCCUCCUUCAAAGAUGCAAUACAUGAAGACCCGUUCGGAGUCUUGAGCUCUUGGAAUGAUUCUACCCAUCAUUGUGAGUGGCAAGGUGUUUUGUGCAGCAAAAGGCAUCUUGGGAGGGUCACAUCCUUGGUCCUAAGAUCACAAGGCUUGGGAGGCUUCCUGUCUCCUCAUAUAGGUAACCUCUCUUUCCUAAGGGUCAUGGUUUUACAGAACAACAGCUUCCAUGGCGAAAUCCAACCACAGAUCGGCAACUUGUUUCGGCUCCGUAAUCUCGAUCUUAGUAACAACUCAUUUGGUGGGCCAAUACCCUCCAAUCUUUCCCACUGCUUGAACCUCGAGAUCCUGAAUCUCAUAGAUAACCAACUUGAGGGGGGAAUUCAUUUCGAUCUUGGUUCUUUAACAAGACUUAAACAAUUGCUCUUGUCUAAGAACAAUCUUGUAGGUCCUAUUCCUCGUUGGAUUGGAAACGUCUCACAGCUACAAAAGCUCUCCCUGGCAAUAAAUGAGUUGAGCGGAGAAAUACCCAAGGAAUUGUCCAAACUCAAGAGAUUGACACUUUUCCAACUAUUUUCCAACAAACUAACCGGUGAGGUUCCAACAGGGAUUUUAAACGUCUCUGACAUUGAGGUAUUCAGUGUUAGUCAUAACCAGUUGCGGGGAAGUUUUCUCAAUGAUGUCGGCAUCACUUCUCCUUCUCUCUACUUCCUUGGCGCCAGCUAUAACUUGUUCACCGGGAUGAUUCCGUCAACGUUAACGAAUGCCACAGGUCUUAAAAAGCUUGUACUUUUGAACAACAAUUUCCAUGGGCCAAUACCGAAAAAUCUAGGAAGGCUAAAGGGCCUUUACGUAAUUACAUUGGCUUAUAACCACUUGCAGGAUGACUUGAGUUUUAUUUCUUCUUUAGCUAAUUGUUCCAACUUAAAAACUCUCGCGGUGGACUGGAACUUAAUUCACGGAUCAUUGCCAAGCUCCUUCUCCAAUCUCUCCACCAGCAUGAAGGAAAUUUAUUUGUCAGGCAAUCAGAUCGAAGGAUCUAUUCCCUUAGCCCUCGGAAAUCUCUUCAACUUGUCUGUCUUGGAUUUGAGCCAUAAUUCUCUAACCGAUUGCAUUCCUCAUUCCAUCGGAACACUUUCCAACUUGGAGUAA